UGAAUAAAGGAAAGAAAGGAAUAGCCUACCUGUGUUGCCUCUGACAAACCUCUGAAUUCACCGUGUUGUGUUGUGUGGCUGUGAAUCGGAAUACUUAUCGGCGGUCUACCUGACAAACUCCGAGGAUAGAACGUCGCCUGAAGGUACGGGCACACCUGAACAAGCGAACUCACCUGCAGAGACGCUACCGGGGCGGUUUUCGUGGAGUGUGGGCUUGGAGAACAACAACGGAGAAAAAGAGAAAGAAAACGGGAUAGGUAGAAGACAAACUACAGAGCUACAAAGUUUGUUGUUAAGGUGGAGAAGGAGGGAGGGGAACAAUCCCCACGGUUUAUUUAUUUUUUUCCAGCGGGAAGUUUUUUUUUUUUCUCACGAGUUUACAUAAAGUAUAUUGAUUAGACGAAGGCGACAGAUUAACCGUAAAAACCGACCAUGCCGCGAGCCUUCCUCGUUAAGAAGGCGAGAUACUCUCCCGGUAAGCGGAACUGGAGCGAGCUGCCAGACCACGAGCGCGGGUACGUCUAUAUCCCAGUGUCUGCAUUCCCCUUAUUGGAGGAGACUGAAGCCAGCCCAGCAGAGACCGCUCUCUGCCUCUCCACGACGACACGCUACGAGUUCACCAAACGCACGGAUUCCCUCCUGCGUGACGAGCACAGCGUGAUGGCCCCGAGAGCGGAGCUGCCCUCGUGCACGUUGCUGGGUCGGGGGUUAGAGGUCAAGAGGAGGGCACAGAGCAGCACCUACGUCCGCUCCAAAAUCAAGGUGACUACAGGUCAGCUACCCAGUGAGAUUCCAAUACCUCCCCAGCCUGCCGUCCCCGAAAUCACCACCACACCUGUUGCCUUGACGACGUCCGCUACUGCACCGGUCUCCACAGUAACGAAGUCAGGGACAGGUGCUCAGGCGUCGUUCGUGUGCCAGGUGUGUCAGAAGGUGUUCCAGUACCAGAGGAUGUUGAACCGACACCUGAAGUGUCACAGUGAUACUAAGAGACACCUGUGUAACCACUGUGGUAAAGGAUUCAACGACACCUUCGACCUGAAGAGACACGUCAGAACACACACAGGAGUGCGUCCCUACAAGUGCUCUCUGUGUGACAAGGCCUUCACCCAGCGUUGCUCUCUAGAGUCUCACAUGAAGAAGAUCCACGGUGUGACCCUGCAGUACGCCUAUAAGGAGAGACGCAACAAACUCUACGUCUGUGAGGAGUGUGGCCACACCGCCUCUUCCCAGGAUGUACUGCUCAAACACUACCACGCCCUCCACCCCAACUCCGCCUUCCUGAGGGCGAAGGGGGGGAGAGGGGGUGAGGGGGGUGAGGAGUCAAUGCCUGGGUCGCCGCUUUCGAACAGUCAAUAUAGUGAUGAUACUACAGGAUCAGGGGGGCAGUAGAGGGAGGGAGGGAGGGGGCAGUAGAGGGAGAGAGGGAGGGAUGAGGAGAGGGAGUUGCGUUUUUGACAAAACCAUCUACAGGGUCGUAUUCAUUAGGGCAUGUAAAGUAAUGUGUUCAUGACAAUUUAACGUUUCCUAUUGGACAGAUGCAAGGUCGUCUCUGCCUGUUUCAGGCCAUUUACUUCGGUUUGGUGCCUAAUGAAAACGACCCAGGUAGAUGUAAAUGAAAUCUAACGUAGUGGCAACGUGUGAGAUUAGGAUUGAGAUUAUGUCUAGUUUGAGAUUGUUAUGGUUCUUAUCAAGAAAAACAUAUAUAUAUAUAUAUAUAUAUUAUGCAGUAAAGGGUUUAAUAUAUUUAUUUUGUUAUAAAUUGAAUAUGUGUAUGUUAUGAAUUUGAUUGAUAAAAAGAGACAAUGUUUGUUUUUGGGUUUACACUUCUGAAAAGGGAAAACGGUAUGCUGUAAGAAAUCUUUUGCACAACUACAUUACCCUAUACUACUGUAGGGUGCUGUAACUACAUUACCCUAUACUACAGUAAGGUGCUGUAACUACAUUACCAUAUACUACAGUGAGGUUCUGUAACUACAUUACCCUAUACUACAGUAAGGUGCUGUAACUACAUUACCCUAUACUACAGUAAGGUGCUGUAACUACAUUACCAUAUACUACAGUAAGGUUCUGUAACUACAUUACCCUAUACUACUGUAGGGUGCUGUAACUACAUUACCCUAUACUACUGUAGGGUGCUGUAACUACAUUACCCUAUACUACAGUAAGGUGCUGUAACUGCAUUACCAUAUACUACUGUAGGGUGCUGUAACUACAUUACCCUAUACUACUGUAGGGUGCUGUAACUACAUUACCCUAUACUACAGUAAGGUGCUGUAACUACAUUACCCUAUACCACUGUACGGUGUUGACACUGCAUUAUCCCAUACUACAGCAAGGUGCUGUAACUACAUUACCCUAUACUACAGUAAGGUGUUGUAACUACACUACCCUAUACUACAGUAAGGUGAUGUAACUACAUUACCCUAUACACUGUGAAGUGGUGUAGCUACAUUACCCUAUACUACUGUAAAGUGGUGUAACUACAUUACCCUAUACUACUGUAAAGUGGUGUAACCACAUUACCCUAUACUACUGUAAGGUGCUGUAACUACAUUACCCUAUACUACUGUGAGGGGAUGUAACUGCAUUACCCUAUGCUACUGUAAAGUGGUGUAACUACAUUACCCUAUACUACAGUAAGGUGCUGUAACUACAUUACCGUAUACUACAGUAAGGUGAUGUAACUACAUUACCCUAUACUACAGUAAGGUGAUGUAACUACAUUACCCUAUACAACUGUAAGGUGCUGUGACUACAUUACCCUACAUCACUGCAUGGUGUUGUAACUACAUUACCCUAUACUGCAGUAAGGUGUUGUAACUGCAUUACCCUAUACUACUGUAAGGUGAUGUAACUGCAUUACCCUAUACUACUGUAAGGUGCUGUGACUACAUUACCCUAUACCACUGUAAGGUGCUGUCACUACAUUACCCUAUACUACUACUGCAAAGGUUGGGGGCAAUUCCAGUCAAUUCAGGAAGUUUUCCAAUGCUUUUCAAUGAGCAACAUUUGGAAUCGGAAUUUGGGUUGCCUUUGAAUAAAUAAUAGCAAUAAUAAUUUAUUCAUCUUGUAUAGCACUUUUCAUGACAGAAAAUAAUCUCAAAACACAUAAAAAGGAAAAUAAACAAACAGCAAAUUUUAAAAUAGAGAUGGUGGAGAGACUGAAUGUCUCUGUUUGACUUGGGAUGGAAGGCUGGGAGUUGAGGCCGUUUGGAUUGGAAAGGCAGUGUCGCUCCAGAGGAUGGGACCUCGACGAUACAGAGAGAGGAGGGGACCUCGACGAUACAGAGAGAGGAGGGGACCUCGACGAUACAGAGAGAGGAGGGGACCUCGACGAUACAGAGAGAGGAGGGGACCUCGACGAUACAGAGAGAGGAGGGGACCUCGACGAUACAGAGACAGGAGGGGACCUCGACGAUACAGAGACAGGAGGGGACCUCGACGAUACAGAGACAGGAGGGGACCUCGACGAUACAGA